AUGUUUAGUGCACAGAUUAUGGGAUUUACAACAUUGCACUUCCUGAUUGAACCUUCAGAUGCCGUCACCACACGGGGAACUAAUGUUUUGUUGAACUGUACAGCGGAAUCAGAUCAAGGAUUUCCUGUAAUCAAAUGGAAAAAGGAUGGCGUCUUUUUAAACUUGGCAGUGGAUGAGAGAAGACAACAGUUUUCCAAUGGAUCUCUUUUGAUACAAAAUAUUGUCCAUUCCAGACAUCAUAAACCCGAUGAAGGCCUUUAUCAAUGUGAAGCAUCGUUAGAAGGAACUGGCGCCAUCAUCAGUCGAACAGCCAAAGUUUCAGUAGCAGGUCCACUGAGGUUUCUGUCCCAGACGGACUCGGUUACAGCAUUUGCAGGUGACACCGUUUUAUUGAAGUGCGAAGUUGUUGGUGAACCUAUGCCUACGGUCCACUGGCAGAGGAACCAAGAAGAUCUACUUCUGAAUAGCGGUGACACUCGAGUAGCCAUUUUGCCUUCUGGAUCUUUACAAAUCAGUCGGAUUCAAGUAGGGGACAGUGGGAUCUAUAGAUGCCUUGCCAAAAAUCCCGCUAGUUCAAGAACUGGGAAUGAAGCAGAAGUCCGAGUUUUAUCAGAUCCUGGGUUGCACAGGCAGCAAUUUUUUCUUCAGAGACCGUCCAAUGUGGUGGUUGUAGAAGGGAAAGACGCCAUUUUGGAGUGCUGUGUUUCAGGCUACCCAAUGCCAACAUUUACGUGGCUGCGAGGAGACGAACCAAUCUCGUUCAGGGCCAAAAAAUAUUCACUGUUGGCUGGCAGUAACUUAUUGAUUUCUAAUGCAACGGAUGAUGACUCUGGAAGCUAUACCUGUGUCGUCACAUACAGAGAUGAGAACAGUAGUGCAUCGGCUGAGUUAUCAGUAUUGGUUCCUCCGUGGUUUAUCACUCACCCUUCAAAUCUCUAUGCUUACGAAAGUAUGGACAUCGAGUUUGAAUGCGCCGUCUCCGGAAAACCAGCCCCUACAGUACAGUGGAUCAAGAACGGAGAAGUUGUCAUCCCUAGUGAUUAUUUUCAGAUAGUGGGAGGCAGCAAUCUGCGGAUUCUGGGCUUAGUAAAAUCCGACGAAGGCUUCUACCAGUGUGUAGCUGAAAACGAAGCUGGGAAUGCACAAACCAGCGCACAGCUAAUCAUCCCCGAACCUGCUAUCCCAAGUUCCAGGAUCCUUCCCUCUGCUCCCCGAGACGUGGUCCCUGUCUUGGUCUCCAGCCGAUUUGUCCGUCUCAGCUGGCGCCCGCCUGCAGAGGCCAAAGGGAACAUUCAGACCUAUGCAGUCUAUUUUUCCAGAGACAGCAUCAAGAGGGAGAGAGCACUGAAUACCUCCCAGUCUGGGUUGCUCCAGCUUACAGUGGGGAAUCUGAAACCCGAAGAGACCUAUACCUUCCGAGUAGUGGCAUACAAUGAAUGGGGACCGGGAGAAAGUUCACAGCCCAUCAAGGUGGCAACCCAACCUGAGUUGCAAGUUCCUGGACCAGUAGAAAGCCUCCAGGCUGUCUCUGUCUCACCUACCUCAAUUCUUAUCACAUGGGAACCACCUGCCUAUGCAAAUGGCCCAGUGCAAGGGUACAAGUUGUACUAUACAGAAGGACCAACUGGGAAAGAACAGACUGUAGAAGUUAAUGGUGUAUCCUACAAGCUGGAAGGUCUGAAGAUAUUCACAGAAUACACUCUCCGCUUUCUGGCUUACAAUAAUUAUGGCCCAGGAGUAUCGACUGAAGGCCUGACAGUUAGGACUCUUUCAGAUGUGCCAAGCGCUUCUCCUCAGAAUAUCUCUUUGGAAGUGGUGAACUCAAAGAGCAUCAAAGUGAGUUGGUUACCUCCACCGUCCAGCAUGCAAAAUGGAUUUAUCACCGGCUAUAAAAUACGGCACAGAAAGACAGCUCGCAGGGGUGAGGUAGAAACACUGGAACCAAAUAACCUCUGGUAUCUGUUUACAGGCCUGGACAAAGGAAGCCAGUAUAGUUUUCAGGUUGCAGCUAUGACAGCCAAUGGAACGGGACCUUCUUCAGAAUGGUAUACAACAGAAACUCCAGAGAGUGAUCUUGAUGAAUCACAGGUGCCUGAUCAGCCAAGCUCUCUUCACGUCAGGCCUUUGUCAACCAGCAUUGUAAUGAGCUGGACCCCACCAUUGAAUCCAAACAUCAUUGUGCGUGGCUACAUCAUUGGCUAUGGGGUAGGCAGCCCCUAUGCCGAGACGGUGCGGGUGGACAGCAAACAGCGGUACUAUUCCAUCGAACAUUUGGAACCAAGUUCCCAUUAUGUCAUAUCUCUGAAGGCGUUUAACAAUGCUGGGGAAGGAGUGCCUCUUUAUGAGAGCGCCACCACCAGAUCACUGACAGAUCCCAUUGACCCAUUAGAAGUUGAUUUUUAUCCUUUGCUUGAUGAUUUCCCUACCUCAGUCCCAGAUAUCUCCACCCCCAUGCUCCCACCAGUAGGUGUCCAGGCUGUUGCAUUAAGCCAUGAUGCUGUGAGGGUCAGCUGGGCAGACAACUCUGUUCCCAAGAACCAGAAGACCACAGAAGUUCGGUUUUACACAGUGCGAUUGAGAACCAGCUAUUCUACAAAUGCUAAAUACAAGUCAGCAGAUACAACAGCCUUGAGCCACACCGUGUCUGGUCUUAAGCCAAAUACCAUGUAUGAGUUCUCUGUCAUGGUGACCAAAGGUCGAAGGUCAAGUACAUGGAGCAUGACAGCUCAUGCUACGACAUAUGAAGCAGCCCCAACCUCUGCUCCCAAGGAUUUGACAGUCAUUACCCGUGAAGGGAAGCCUCGAGCUGUAAUUGUCAGCUGGCAACCUCCAUUAGAAGCCAAUGGGAAAAUUACUGCUUACAUUCUGUUCUACACCUUGGAAAAGAAUUCCCCCAUUGACGAUUGGAUCAUGGAGACCAUCAGUGGAGACCGACUUACGCAUCAAAUUAUGGAGCUGAAUCUGGAUACAGUAUAUUACUUCAGAAUACAAGCUCGAAAUGCCAAAGGAGUGGGACCUCUGUCUGAUCCUAUCCUCUUCCGGACUCUUAAAGUGGAACAUCCUGACAAAAUGGCUAAUGAUCAAGGUCGUCAUGGAGAUGGAGCCUAUUGGCCCGUUGACACUAAUUUGAUUGACAGGAGCAGCCUCAAUGAGCCCCCCAUUGGACAGAUGCACCCUCCGCAUGGAAGUGUAACCCCUCAGAAGAACAGCAAUCUUCUCGUCGUUAUUGUUGUGACUGUCGGGGUCAUCACUAUCAUUGUGGUGGUGAUUGUGGCUGUGAUUUGUACAAGGCGUUCAUCAGCACAGCAACGAAAAAAGCGUGCUACUCAUAGUGCUGGCAAAAGAAAGGGCAGCCAGAAAGACCUGAGGCCUCCAGAUCUUUGGAUACACCAUGAAGAGAUGGAGAUGAAGAACAUUGAAAAGCCGUCAGGUUCUGAUCCGCCAGGGAGAGUCUCACCAAUCAAGAGCUGUCAAGAAAUCACUCCAGGCAGCCACAGCCAAUCUGAAACACAGAUGGGCAGCAAGAGUGCCCCACAGUCUGUUCCUGACACGGAAGAAGUGGGAAGCAGCAUAUCCACAUUGGAACGUUCACUUGCAGCUCGGCGAGCAACACGUGCCAAGCUCAUGAUUCCUAUGGACUCACAACCCAGCAAUCCUUCUGUUGUCAGUGCCAUCCCAGUGCCAACACUAGAAAGUGCCCAGUAUCCAGGAAUCCUGCCAUCCCCCACCUGUGGAUAUCCACACCCUCAGUUCACUCUCCGUCCUGUGCCAUUCCCAACACUUACAGUGGAACGGACCUUUGGAACAGGGAGAACAGUGACUGAAGGACCAGCCACACCACAAAGUUCCAUGUUACCGCAAACGCAGCCUGAACAUCCAAGCAGUGAGGAACCUCAAAGUAGGACAAUUCCUACUGCAUGUGUCCGGCCUACACAUCCCCUCCGCAGUUUUGCCAAUCCCUUGCUACCUCCGCCAAUGAGUGCAAUAGAACCGAAAGUCCCUUAUACACCACUUUUAUCUCAAGCAGCGCCCAAUCUUCCCAAGGCUCAGGUUAAGACAGCAUCCCUUGGACUAGCUGGAAAAGCACGAUCACCUCUGCUACCUGUUUCGGUACCAACAGCUCCAGAAGCCACAGAAGAAGGUCACAAACAAACAGAAGAUCCUGCUAAUGUAUAUGAACAGGAUGACCUUAGUGAACAAAUGGCAAGUUUGGAAGGGCUAAUGAAGCAACUUAAUGCCAUCACAGGCUCCGCUUUCUAA